AUGGGGAGAAUUAAGAAGGUAGCCAGCCAAAAGCAUGAGGCUACAAUCUCACCAUUCCUACAAGAUUUCAUAGGACGCGCCACGAGCGUUCCCGUUCCAGAGCUUCCAGCCCUCCUCAGAACAUUCCCUAAGCUUUGGCCGUUCCCGCGUGGUGAUCUUUACCACUGGAUCAAUGUCUUGGACAGAUUUGACGAGAUUUUGGCCUCGGCCAUCGACAAAUACUUCCUCAACACUGGCCCUCAGACUAAACUGCUUACCCGAAGCGUUCUAGAGGAAUCAUACUCGACCGAAGAAGCCACAAAACCGACAGAGGGUAUCGAUGCCAAGUUGAACGCUCUGGGAUAUGGCCCCGAUGGAGACAGAGAACUUCUAGAAGCCGUUCUGGACUUUUCUCGUCUUUUGCUCGAGAAAUGUGGCAAUCGUAGCCUCUACAGCAGCAGCGAUCGUCUUGGCGAUCUCCUGAACACCACCUCACUGUCUUUGCUUCAGUCUACCUUGCGCUUGGCUCUUUGCCUGGCUCAACGUUACCACUCUCGUCAGCGUGGCGCUCACCAACAGUCCGUAUUGCAAUCACACUACGCUCUCGACCUGGAGAAGUUGCAGAAGAUUGCUGCACCAUUCGCGCGCCCUGUCAUUGCCAGCAAGCCACCGUUCGCUUCCUCUCCUGCAGUUUCCACCCAGGGCAAGGAUAAGACACUACAGACUAAAGUCAAUGCGAACGAGCUCGUUUCCCUCGUUCGUGAUUCUGACGGCUGGGAGGAAUGGGGCGAUGUGCGCGUUCUCUAUUAUCCAUCAGGCUCUGACCAGGCUAGGACGACUUCCGAAUAUGGCCAGACGGAACAGGGCUCACAUGUUCCAACCACCCCUACGCCAUUGCGACGAACAGCAACUCACCCCGCUUCUAAUCUAAGCCGUGGAUUGAACGCAGAUGAUUCUCCAAUUGCAACUCCAUCGAAAACCGAGGAGGCCUCCCGCGGUGGCACGGUUCUAGAAAUUUCGCACGCCAAGGUUUCCUCUGCAAAUUUGGAGUCUCUUCUCGCUGUCAACUUGCCACAUCUCCCCCUUGAGUCGAAAUAUGAAUUGCUUCACAAACUCCGAGUUGCCAAGGCGUUGACCGGCUCGCGUGCAACUCGAGAGCAGAUACUUUCCAUCAAAGCUCUUGCAGUGACCAACCUGGCUCAUGUUCAGCCGGAGAGCUCAUUCCAACAGAAGGUUCUUCAAUCCGAUCUGGAGCAGCCAAAGCGUCUUCAGCUAGCGUACCAGCUUGCCGAGUUAGUCCAUCUCGGUGCUAGUGGUGACCUUGAUGUUUCCCGACCAGUCCAGACUUUUGCUCUCCAGACCUUGGAUGCCUUGGCCAAGCACAAGUCCCGAGCCGUCGAUGUUUGUGCAGCUUUGAGUGUCAACGUCAACCAUGGAGUUCUAAUGUUCUUGACCCGUAAAAUGGUCAAUGAACUAGGCGCAGAGAACGAUGAUACAGAUGAGGCCUAUCAAGACGAAUGGCGGGAUGGUCUGCUUGCGCUCCUGCGUACUCUCCCAAGUUCCAGCACACGCACUCCAGAGACCCUGGUUGCGGCUGGCCUGAUCCCUAUGUUUGUCGAUAUCUUGAACUUGCGGACCGACAAGUCUCGCCGGGUCUACUCUCGUGUCAUGGAAUUCCUUGAUACUUUUGUGCAUGCUGUUCGUGAUGCCUUGGGUACACUGACGGCAGCGAAGGGCUUCGACGCUAUGUCGGAUCUGAUUGAUAAUGAGACCAAGACCGCAUUUGAGAAGGUCAACAGCGGCGAAGGGUUCCCUACCCAAUACAAGAAUCCAUCAGUCGAUUAUCAAAUUCCCUACUUUCAACAGCAGACUCUGCGUUGGAUGUUCCGCUUCGUGAAUCACAUCAUGCAGCACAACGGUGGUGGCUUCGAUCGUGUGCUCCGAAACCUGAUCGAUUCGCCUCAACUGCUAACUUCCCUCCGCCUUGUGUUCGAGAAUGCUCGGGUAUUUGGCUCGCAUGUGUGGAGCAAUGCCGUCAACAUUCUCAGCAGCUUCAUCCACAAUGAACCUACAAGCUAUGCUGUCAUUGCAGAGGCUGGCCUUAGCAAGAGUUUGCUCGCUGCCGUUAUGGGUCGUGAGCUCCAGGUUUCGGAGAAGCCGCCAGCAGUGGAGCCUGAAGACGCCGACCCACAAGCGAGCGCAUCCCAAUCAACCUCCGCCGAAGCCGCCCCUGGAGCGGAUGAAAAGAAGAGAGACCGUGAAUACCCUCUCAUCCGAGCCAAGAACACACACCUCGCUCCUGGAAUCAUGGCCGCGGGUGAUGCGCUUGCUUGUAUCCCAGCUGCGUUCGGAGCAAUCUGUUUAAAUUCCUCUGGUCUGGAUCUUUUCCAGUCCUCUGACGCCCUUGAAUGUUUCUUCGAGAUCUUCGAGAACCCAGAUCAUGUUAAGUCUCUGAAGGAUGACCCCGAACUGGUGCGCUCAUUGGGUACAACCUUUGAUGAGCUUGUCCGACACCACCCGGCAUUGAAAACCUCUAUCAUGUCAGCCGUACUGGUGAUGGCUGCUCGUGUCAACGUGCUUGGCCGUGUCAAGGCAUGGGAACAUGGCAUGGGCACCAAGAUGUGGACCCAGAAUGGCGAUGGUAAAACCAAACUAUCUGGAGAUAUCUUUUCUUUGUUCCGCGAAAUCGGCAAAGAUGUCAAUGCAUCCAUGGACGAUCCUUCGUCGAUUGGUCUGCCCCGACUCAAUGUGAACAAUACUCUGCCCAACGGUGGAAAGCUUGUGCUUGGUCACGUCGAUGCCGUGUUCCCUGCGCCAGGCCCCGAAUUCGAGCCUCAGGACAAAGAUGCCCAUGGAUUGACCGCCACGGACUAUCUAUUCCCAGCUCUGCGCUUUCUGGGUGCUUUCUUUGAGAAUCAGACGAACUGCACGUCGUUCAUUCAGGCCGGCGGCGCAGAGUUCAUGCUGGAUCUUGCGACCCUCCAAAGCUUAUCCUUCGAUUUCCACAGCACCAACGCCAAUCAGGAGAUCACCGUGCUUGUUCACAUGAUGGCAGAAACAAAGCCGCAUCUAAUUGUUCCAUCACUUGUCAAACGUGCACAGGACGCAUUGAACAAUCUUUCGCCCUUCUUCAAUGCACCCACAGGCUCAGGCUUCUUUACCGAGUUGAUCAUGCCAGCAGACUCGAAGAAGCCCGCUCCGGAGUCUACAUCUGCCGCCCAGUCUGGCACCUUCUUCCUGAGACACCUGAAUGCGGUCCUACUUCUCACCGAUGUUCUUCGUGAAGUUUUUGCAAUGCCAUUGUACCAGACUCGGCCCGGCCAGUCAACUUCAAUUUUCGGCCAAGUCAACCUUGCAGACCAAUAUUGUACCUUGAUUGAGUCAUUGACCAACCUUCUCGCUUCUUGUGUUUGGGAAGGUAUUUUGCUCGAGAAGAAUAUCCCCGAGCAGUGGCUCAAAGCUACUCAGGCCUCGGCUGAGAAGCAAGAGUCUGGAAAGUCGAAGGGUGGCCCCGCCGCAGAAGUUCCCCUUGAGCCGUCAGCAACCCCCAGUACCCAGCCUCAGGGUGAAGCUUCCGUGGCAGGUGAUGCUGUUCAAGCCCAAACAGGCCAGGAACCCAAGGAAACUGAUGCUCCCGUGGAUGAGCAAAACCCUGCUUUCAAGAAUGCACGGACUCUUCGAUAUUUGCUGAGCGCUCUUCCCACCACGAUCACUGGGUUCUUGCAUAACCUCGGCCUUGGUAUAAUUGGCAAGAGACGCAUGGAUCCUCUCCAGAAGCAGAAGCAAAAUGCCACUCUAGUUGCAGAUGCUAUUGCGGAGGGUGUCAUUCGGCAAUUGCAGUUCGACCCUGCUAAUUCCAGUGCUAGCCACAAGCACCGCUUUGCCUACUUGAUUGUCAUCCUUUCCCACUUUUCCCACCUCCUCUAUGACGUUUCACCAGAGCGUCCUACCGCAAACUACCUCACUACAGUUUUGCUUGCAUUCCAAAAGAUGAGCGGACUCAAGGCAUUGAAGGACAUUUGUGACGUCUUUUUGAAUGACAUCCAGUCACUUCCGUCUGCCGAGUCUAUUCCCGAUCAAGAUAAGGAGCUUGCCGACCGACUUGCAUCGGGCUAUGGUGGUAUCAAGAUCAUUCUUGGUCUUUUCGCAGAUAUCACCCAAGGGAAAUUCAUCGUGGACUCCAGCCAGACGCAAGCGUUGACCUCCAAUCAUGAUCGUGACCGCGAGCGCGCUGAUUAUUUCAUGCCUGGUCAAUUCUUGGUGGAGCUUCGCAUGGAGGUAUUGCCCAUGGCCGAAGCUUUGUGGAAUUCAGACUUUGCCACUCAAUCUUCAAGCACAAUUGUGAAGCUGUUGAUCGACAUCUUACGAUACACCCUAGAUGGUGAAUUUGAGACUGGCGCUGCUAAGAGGUCAGAUCCACCUUCUCUCUUGCUGGACGCGCCUAAGAAACCAUUUGUUGUUCACAAGGAACGAGCCGCUGCUCUGAUCGAGAAGGGACUCAAGGACGUCGAUCUCAACAAAGAAGCCCUCUAUCGUUGCAACAAUGUUCUGAACGCGGCCGAGGAAUACUGCAAGGCACAGCAAUGGAUACGAGCCCCACCAAGAGCUCCUCCCCCAGCCAACGAUCUCCAGACUGGAGUGCCAGACCCCGCUUCUGGCAUAGACUCCCUUGAAGACACUGGGUUUGAGGUCCCAACAACUCUUCAAAAUUCUGCACCCAACAUACUAGACCGCAACACCUUGGCGAUGCUUUUGUCAUCAGCCACCGGAAACCCUUUGGUUCCACCAGGCCCAAGAGAAGAUGGAGACUCUGACAUGCAUGACGGCCUGGCUCGAGCAUUGGAUAAUGUCCUCACCGAAAAUGAGGAUAUGGAUAGUGAUGACCGGAGCGAAUCACACAGCCAAUCCCAGCCUGAAAACCAAAAUGCUGAGCCGCUCACCUCUGACUCUGCUCAAGCGCCCCAUAGUGAAACUGGCAGCCACCGCGAGAUGACGACUGUCGAAGAUCUCGACGAAAAGAGGGCAAACAUUCGGGAGAAUCUAAUUGAGCGGGCAUUGGAUGUCUUGAACGAGCAUCACGACGUCUCUUUUGAACUCUCUGACCUGAUUUCUUCAGCCAUCAGAAAACACCACGAACCUGAAACAUUCCGUCGUGACAUCGGAGAAACCCUUGUUCAAUCACUAGUUUCUUUGCAAAUGGAGAACUUCCAGACAGCUGGCAAGAAGAUUGCUGCCUACGCCCAUAUUCUUGCUUUGACCCUCCAAGAUCGUGAUAUGUACGACGCAACUCUCGAAGAGCUCAAGGACUGCUUCAAUACUUUCCUCGCAUUCAUACAGUUGCCCGCACCCGAAAAAGCAGAUCAAGAGACCUUCCCUUGGGUUGGACAUGUCCUACUCAUUCUUGAGAAGCUACUCUCUGAUGACUGUCAACCGCCCAAAAUUGAAUGGACCCCACCAAGCAGCCUCGACGGUCCUAUCCCGAAUGCGGACGAACCUGCUCAUCUUGAGGAGCCACUUGUCUCUCUUGACAUGAAAACCCGACUAUUUGAACAUCUGGUUGAGAUUCUUCCCAGAGUGGGCAAGGAUGAGACAUUGGCACUUUCAAUUUGCCGUGUUCUUGUCAUUCUUACUCGGGAGCGUACGAUUGCCGCUCGAUUUGGUGAAAAGCGCAAUCUCCAACGUCUGUUCGUGAUGGUGAAGCAGAUUUCCAGUGCCGCCAACGACAAGAUGCGGUGUGCUUUCAUGUUAAUUCUUCGACACAUCGUUGAAGACAGAGAAACUAUCCGCCAAAUCAUGAGGAGCGAGAUUGUUGCCAGCUUUGAAUCUAAGACUUCUCGCCAGAUUGACACCAACGGCUAUGUCAGACAAAUGUACCAUCUUGUGCUCAGAGCCCCUGAUAUCUUUGUGGAAGUGACCAAUGAGAAGCUCCGCUUACUCCGAUAUGACACCCAUCAACGCCCCCAAGUUCUUGGUCUAAAGGCAGACAAAGAUCGCCACUCUCGGCGCGCGGGCAAAUCGGAAGCCGUUGUCGAUGAAGCCAAAACAGAGUCAUCUACCGCAGCCGAGGUGCACGCUUCUGAUAACAAGGAACAGAGCAACGAAGACAAGACUAAGGCUCAAUCCAAGUCCACUGAACUCAAAGCACCUAUUGUUGAAAACCCCGACGGUGUUAUUCACUACCUACUUUCAGAACUUCUUUCCUACAAGGAGGUUGAUGACAAAGAAUUGGGCCCCGAGUCUGAUAAACCAGCCGAUCCAUCUGACACUCCGGCGGAUGUUGAGAUGGCCGUGGAUGAGCCUACUCUUUCAGUCUCAAGUACUGCCGACCCACAGGCCGCUCGUGAUUCCAAGAAGACGGAGAAGCCCCAAUUCAAGGCAGACGACCAUCCCAUUUACAUCUAUCGCUGUUUGCUUCUCCAGUGCCUCACUGAACUUCUUUCCUCUUACAACAGAACUAAGGUUGAGUUCAUCAACUUUUCUCGCAAGGCCGAUCCGCUUGCCACCACGCCCUCUAAGCCACGGUCCGGUGUCCUCAAUUAUUUGCUAAAUGUCCUCGUUCCCCUCGGCACUAUGGAACACGAUGAGUCUCUGGCGUUCAAGAAGCGUAGCAUCACCUCCACAUGGACCAUGCAAGUCCUUGUUGCUCUUUGCACCAAGACUGGCGAGUUUGGUGGCGUUGGCAGGCGUCGUACCGAACCAAAGUAUGAAGAGGAUGAGCCUGAGCUCGCGUUCGUCCGCCGAUUUGUUCUGGAGCAUGCUCUUCGCUCCUACAAGGACGCUAUGGCCUCUACUGAGCCUUUGGAUGCCAAAUAUUCCAAACUUAUGUCGCUUGCCGAUUUGUUCGAUAAAAUGCUCAGUGGCUACUCGUUCACCAACGAUGCAGGCUUCCCAACCUCAACCAGGCAGCUUGCGAAGACCAUGUUCGAGAAGCACUUUAUUCCUACGCUUACUUCAUCCGUUGCCGAUGUCGACCUGAACUUCCCGUCGUCGAAGCGCGUUAUCAAGUACAUCCUUCGUCCAUUGAACAAGCUCACUCAAACUGCCGUUAUCCUUAGCGAGAACUCUGACAUCUCCUCCACUGGUGACAAUGAAGAUGACGAGAUCUCCUCCGCAACCUCAGUCUCCGACAUGGACGAUGAGCGCGAAGAAACCCCUGACCUCUUCCGACACUCUACCCUUGGUAUGCUGGAGCCUCGUCACGACGAGGAAGAGAGCAGCACUGAGGAAUCGGAAGGUGAAGAUGACGAAAUGUACGACGAUGAAUAUGACGAAGAAAUGUACGAUGACGAAGAUGUCCCUGAAGACGAUGGCGAAGUUGUCAGUGACGAAGAUGACGAUGGUAUGGGUCCCAUCGAAGGUCUCUCUGGUGAUGCAGUCGAAGUCAUUCUAGACGAAGACGAAGAAGGGGACGACGAAGAUGACGACGACGACGAACAUGAUCAUCUUGACAUGGACGACGACAUGUAUUCCGGAGAAAUCGGUGGCGAUCGUGACAAUGAAAGCCUCGAAGACGGUGACGAAGACGGAUGGGAGAGCGAGGAAAUGACUGAAGAUGAAGAGGAGGUGGAAAUGAUGAACCAAUUUGAAGACGAAAUGGCCGACAUCAGACAAACCAACCGCCACCACGGUGGUGACCAUCACAUCGGUGACCUCUUCCGUGCCCUUGGCGACAGUGGAGCUGGUGCGGGUGGUCUCGAUAUUCAUGGCGACGCUCUUGGUGGUGACAUCCAUGAAGAGAUCCUUGAUGAUCUGGAUGAAGAUGUUGAUGACGACGAAAUGGAUGAUGAGCUUGAGGAGGACAUGGAUGACUAUGAUGAGGAGCAAGGGUCCUUCGGGGACAUGGAAGGUAAGAUGCAGUCUACACAAUACGGCCAAAGCACCACUAACAUAUUUAUCAAAGACGAUGAUCUCCUUGAACCCUGGGCAUGGGAAGGUGAAGAGCCCGCUAUGGCCCGCGCAGGUCAUCAAGGCCACCGUGGAGGCUUCAAUCGUGGUGCCGUUCCUCCGGCUUGGGCUGCUGUCACAGAGAUUAUGCCCGGUCGCCCUGCUGGGCUUGUGCCUAUUCAACCAUACCACCGCGUUCAUCGUACCCAGCUGCCCUCGCGAGGUGGAAACGAUGAUGGUACCAACCCUCUGCUCGUCCGUCAUCCUCGCCCAGACACCGCUGCUCCACGUGGUGGAGCAGCUGCGGCUGAUCCCUUCGCCGAUUGGGGCCAGGCCAUAGACCCAACCAACGCUGGCCGAGGUAUCGCCAUGGACAGUCCCAUCAGCUUCAUGAACGCCAUUAUGCAGGCUAUCGGUGGACAGGCCGCGCCCGGAUUUGGCGUUGUCACUCGUCCUGACGGUAUUCACGUUCAUGUUGAUCGACGCGCAGUUCUGCCCGGUCGCAUCCAAGAUAUGCUUGGAAUUCCCCGGGGCUCAGGUCCUCCCACUCGCUCUCGCGGUGAUGACCCACAUACCGCCGUGAAGUUUGGACUUUGCACUACCAAGAACCGUUGGCAAGAGGAGGCUCGCCUGCUCUACAGCAACCAGUAUGUUGAACGCACUCAGCGCAUCCUCGGUCUGCUGCUUAAGGUCUUGGUUCCUCCUGCCAUGGAGGAAGAGAAGGAGCGUCAGAAACAGGCUGCCGAGGAACGUACCCGCCUCCAGGCCGAACGCGCCGAGAAUGAACGCAAGGAGCGUAUCGCUGCCGAGGAGAAGGAGAAGGAGCGCAAACAAAAAGAAGAAGAAGAAAAGGCUAGACUUCAGGCAGAAAAGGAGCAGCAGGAAGCCGAACGUCAAGCUUCCGGGGCCGAUGAGCCAAUGGAAGAUGUCCCAGAAGAUGAUACUGCAUCCGAAGCUGGUGGCCCAUCAGCUCAAACCCAGGCCGAACCCGCUGAGCCCGUUCCUCGUGUUCACACCAACAUUAGAGGCCGACAGGUUGAUAUCACUGGCCUUGAGAUUGAUCCAGAAUACCUAGAGGCCCUGCCUGAGGAACUCAGGGAGGAGGUCAUCAUGGCACAGGUCGCCGAGCAACGCUCUCAAGCUGCCGCCGCAGGCGAGGAGCCGACUGAGAUCAACCAGGAGUUCCUCGAGGCCUUGCCUGCCGAAAUCCGCGAAGAACUGCUCCAACAAGAAGCGGCUGACAGACGCCGACGUGAACGAGAAAUUGCUCGACGACAAGCAGCUUCUGCUGGUGGCGCGCCCACUGGUGGCCCCCCUGCCCAUGCUGAAGAAAUGGAUGCUGCCAGCUUUUUGGCCACUCUUGACCCAUCCUUGCGUCAGGCUGUUCUGGCCGACCAACCCGAGGAUGUUCUUGCCACCUUAGGUCCGGAGUAUUUGACUGAGGCUCGUGCUGUAGGUGGAAGCGGCCGUCGGAUGGCUCAAUUCGGUGAUAUGAGUGCCGUCGAUCCCAGACAUCGCGCCGAGCCUUCUAGAGGCCAAGAGCCCAAGAAGGAACAGAGACGUCAAAUUGUUCAAAUGCUUGACAAGGCCGGCGUUGCAACCCUUCUUCGUCUGAUGUUCAUGCCCCUUCACGGGAAUGCCCGUCACCAGUUGAACGACAUUCUUCAUAACGUCUGUGAGAACCGUCAAAACCGAAGCGAGGUCAUCAGCCUUUUGCUUUCAGUCUUGCAGGAUGGUAGCGUUGAUUCCACUGCAAUUGAACGCAGCUUCUCUCACCUUUCUUUGCGGGCAAGAUCCUCUGGAGCACAGAAAACGCCGCUGUCUAGCAAGCGAAGUAUGGCUCUUCAGACCGCUUCGAGCGUGAGCAGUGAGGUCACUCCAAUCAUGGUCAUUCAACAAUGUCUGAGCACGCUGUCAUUCCUGUCACAGUUUAACGCUCACAUUGCCUGGUUCUUCUUAACAGAACAUGAUUCCUCCACGGCUGCCAAGCUCAAGGGGGCUCGCAAGGGUAAGGCUAAAGAGAACCGAGCCAACAAGUAUGCAUUGAACGCACUGCUUUCUCUUCUAGACCGCAAGUUGAUCAUGGAGAGCCCGAAUUGUAUGGAGCAGCUGUCCAGCCUGCUAAGCAGCAUCACUCAACCAUUGACUGUGCUCCUUCGUCGCGAGAAAGAACGCCAGGAGGAGGCUCAGAAGGGCAAGAAGCCUGAAGGUGCUCAAGCUGAAGAACCUACUGGACAGUCGGCUGAGACUACCGAUUCCGGCAUGGACACUUCCAUGACUGAUGCUCCGCUACCUACCGUGGAGAGUUCUGAGACCUCGGGUCAGGAGACCACUGAGCAAGCGGCCGCAUCUGGUGAAGCCCAGAAAUCCGCAGGCGAUAAAGAGCCCGCCGAGGAGGAGAAGCGCAAGAAGCGUACCAUCGAGCCUCCCGUUGUUCCAGACCACAAUUUCCGCCUGGUUGUUCAUAUCCUUGCGGCUCGUGAGUGCAAUGGCAAAACCUUCCGUGAUACUCUUUCCACCAUCAACAACCUUUCUGCCGUUCCUGGAGCUCGGGAUGUCAUCGGCAACGAACUCGUUGCGCAAGCUCAGGCCCUCAGCGAUACCAUUCUACAUGAUCUAGAGGACCUUCUCCCCCAUAUCCACCAAGCCAAGACUGGUACCGACAUGCAAGGUCUUGCUCUCGCCAAAUUCUCUCCCGCUAGCUCGGAUCAGGCCAAGCUGCUGCGUGUUCUGACAGCACUUGACUACCUCUUUGACCCUACUCGGGUAGACAAGACCAAGGGCACCGAGCCAGAAUCUGCCCCCAAGGAAGAUGUGCUGAAGCGACUCUAUGAGAGCGCCACGUUUGGUCCGCUGUGGACAAAACUCAGCGAUUGCCUGAGUGUGAUUCGCCAAAAAGAGAACAUGCUGAACGUGGCCACCAUUCUCCUUCCUCUGACCGAAGCCUUGAUGGUGGUCUGCAAGAACACCACCCUGAAGGACCAACCACUGUCUCGCGGCAGUCGUGAACUGUCCGUGACCAGCGCCUCGCCUGAAGCUGGUAUCAGCAUGGAAAACCUUUUCUUCAAGUUCACCGAGGAACAUCGCAAGAUCCUGAAUGAGCUUGUCCGCCAAAACCCUCGCCUUAUGAGCGGCACUUUCUCUCUGCUUGUCAAGAACCCUAAGGUACUGGAAUUCGACAACAAGCGCAAUUACUUCACUCGUCGCGUUCACUCGCGUGGUGCUGAGCCCCGCCACCCCCACCCUCCUCUCCAACUCUCUGUGCGCAGAGCUGAAGUUUUCCUUGACUCUUUCAAGUCUCUCUACUUCAAGACAGCAGAUGAGUUGAAGUACGGCAAGUUAAAUGUUCGUUUCCACGGCGAAGAAGGUGUCGACGCCGGUGGUGUGACCCGAGAAUGGUUCCAGGUCCUUGCUAGAGGCAUGUUCAACCCUAACUACGCUUUGUUCAUUCCUGUUGCCGCCGACCGGACUACUUUCCACCCAAACCGUCUCAGUGGCGUUAAUUCGGAGCAUCACAUGUUCUUCAAGUUCAUCGGUCGCAUUAUCGGUAAGGCCUUGUACGAAGGCCGUGUUCUCGACUGCCACUUCAGCAGAGCAGUCUACAAGAACAUCCUCGGACGCUCCGUCUCAAUCAAAGACAUGGAGACACUGGAUUUGGACUACUACAAAUCGCUCUUGUGGAUGCUGGAGAAUGACAUCACCGACAUCAUCACCGAGACAUUCGCCAUUGAAACCGAUGAUUUCGGCGAGAAGCAGGUGAUCGACCUGAAGCCUAAUGGUCAUGACAUUCCCGUCACCCAAGAAAACAAGGAAGAAUAUGUUCAACGUGUGGUCGAAUACCGCCUUGUCGAGUCUGUCCGAGAGCAGCUAGACAACUUCCUUAAGGGUUUCCAUGAAAUCAUUCCUCCUGACUUGAUCUCUAUCUUCAACGAGCAAGAACUGGAACUACUGAUCUCCGGUCUUCCUGAGAUCGACGUGGAUGAGUGGAAGAACCAUACUGAGUACCACAACUACUCUGCCUCCUCGCCGCAGAUCCAAUGGUUCUGGCGUGCUGUCCGCUCUUUCGACAAGGAAGAGCGUGCCAAGCUCCUCCAGUUCGUCACCGGAACCAGCAAGGUCCCCCUCAACGGCUUCAAGGAACUUGAGGGUAUGAACGGUGUCAGCAAGUUCAACAUCCAUCGCGACUACGGCAACAAAGACCGCCUUCCUAGCUCGCACACAUGUUUCAAUCAGCUUGAUCUCCCUGAGUAUGAAAGUUACGAAGAUCUUCGUGCACGCCUUUACACGGCCAUGACCGCUGGAAGCGAGUACUUUGGGUUUGCUUAA